UAAGUGACUACUUAUUUGUCAAAAGAGCAAACGUAUGUUAAUAAUACAUGGUGAUAUAAAAUCUUCCAUAUAUUAUUAGAAAAGCGUUCCAUAAGAUUAUAUAACAGUCUCAGAUUUAUGCAAAGAGCCGGCAACGUUAGAUGUGACGUUCGUGCUCAAUCUGACAACCAUGUGGCAUCCAGAAAAAAUGGCGCUUGACACUGACAUAAGUCUAUCGUGUUGGUGUUGCUCUAUGGAUAUCACGUGACUCCGUGACUGUACCGUCUUCAAUGUUUAAGUUUUAUGUUCUUUCCGUGUAUGUUUUGUGGUACAAUCCAUUAUAAACAUUAUUUAGUAUCUAAUUUUCAAAUUAAAAUGUGGUUUGAGAUUUUACCUAGUGCGGGAAUUAUAUUUGUUGCUAUGGCUUUCCCCCAUGCAUCUGCUUAUGUUCUCAAUAAUUUAGUAGUAGGAAAUAUGUACCGAAGACAACUCUUAACGAGGGAAGAAAGAAUUGGAUAUCUGAGGGAUAGACGGUUGGCAGGUGGUGAUCCAUAUAAAGUUGUGGACUUGGUGUGAGUAUAUUCAGUAGUACUUUGGAUGUUAACUUCUCUGUUGCUGAGCCCUCCUGGUUACCUGAAAGUUAAUUUUUUUUUUUGAAAAAGUUUGUCAACUAAUAGUUGAAGUAAUUAUACAUACAUAUUAUAGCUCUCACUUUAUUAAUGUACAUUUUGAACAAGUUUCUAAUAUUUAUACAUCUGUCACUAUCUAAAGUAAAAUAACUAUUUUUAAUCUUACCUUCUUCAUAUAUAAUGUUUUCUUGGACCAAUUUGGUGUCUGUUGAAGAACUUUUCAAUAGAACUGUUUUAAGGGUCUCUCAUUUUUGCAGCCAACGGAUUAGCAAUUUUCCUACUACCUUCAUGAGUUUCGGGACUACUCUGAACCUUUUCCGAAACCAUACCUAAAAAAGAAUUGAAUUUCAUUAUAUGUUAAUAAUGCUAGGUAAGUUUUUCAGAAAAUUGUGGAAACCGUAAAUACUGUGAAAGUUUUUAGGAUACCAAAAUGUUCGUAUCAACUAAUCCUGAUUAUUCACUGAUUGGUUUAUAUAUGUAAACAAAGUUAUUACUUGAAGAUUGAAGACAGAAAAUGUAAUGUAAGAAAAGCUGUUCUUUUCAAACCUCUCUUGGUUCCAGGCACUUUAUCACUUUUCGAAAAAUGUAAGUCACACACCAAAUAGCUUUUAUAAAUUUGUUCGAGAUCUUUAUUGUCCAAAAUUGGAUUUGCUCGAUCCACUUGUUGAAAAGAGCGGUAUCAUAUUUUGGAAAUGUAUGCCUUUUACUGAUUGUAUCAGUACAACCAGGCACCACGCACUUUUACAAAAAGUAAGUUUUGUGAAUUGAAAUUCAGUUAAAGCUCAAUGAAUAUCAGUAGCACCGACACAGAACUAAUAAAACGCCGGCGCCGCACUUUAUAUUGAACUGUCAAAAAGAACGGAAAACCUAGUAUCAGCGCCACUCUGUUGUUACACUCCGUACUAAGUAUAUAAGAAUAUCUGGUUGCCUACAAAAUGCACCUUCAAAGUCAUUUAUUUAACUUUCCCUUAUAAAGUAGGUGUUAUGUGGAUACAGUCUACACGUUUUUCUUCUCAGCACGACAAAAACUGUCUAAAUAAUUGUAAAAUUUGAAUAUUAACGUAACAGAGUGUUAUUGUAAAACGUCUAAUACAGACUGCAAUUGUGUAACAAUAAAACUCCAAGAUUUCAACGCAGCAAGCAACAAAGUCUGUUCUUUAUUUCACCCCACGAGGCGGCGACCUAACCUCGCAACAUUUUGGACCUUCGAACCGAAUGUUAACAAUUGCACCAUCGGCCGAAUACCAGCUUGGAACCUGAAGUACCAGCACCAACGUGAGAAGCCUUGCAAAGGGGUGUGGUGAGUCCACGAUACACGUAACACCGGUAUGCCAUUGCGCAUGCUAGCGCUAUCUCUCUCUCACUGCGUGACGUCACGUGCGAAGCAAUGCUUCUGUUUGAAUAGUACGGACGUCUGCAUUAGCCCGUUAAUAUUAAAUGUAAGCAUAGAUUUACUUACUGUUUUGUACCAUAUAUAAUGUAUAUAUGUGUAUAUUAAUAUACGACUGUAACAAUAUGCUUUUGUAAUUAAUAUUUCCAGC